AUGAGCAUCUCUCUUCCUCGUUCCAUAUCCCUCAUUUUCCCUCUGCUUCUUUUCCCUCUUUUCUUUCUACAGAAGGACUCCGAAGAAAAUGAGCCUACGAGACACCCCUAUGUGGUGGUGGUGGCCAUCGACUUUGGCACCACCUCCAGUGGCUAUGCAUAUGCCUUCACUAAAGAGCCAGAGUGCAUUCACACUAUGAGGCGCUGGGAGGGUGGGGACCCAGGUGUGUCCAAUCAGAAGACGCCCACCACCAUUCUUCUGACCCCAGACAGGAAGUUUCACAGUUUUGGUUAUGCAGCCCGAGAUUUUUACCACGACCUGGAUCCCACUGAGUCUAAGCAAUGGCUCUACCUGGAGAAGUUUAAAAUGAAACUACACACCACUGCAAAUCUGUCCAUCGAUACAGAUUUACAUGCAGCCAAUGGGAAAAAGGUGAAAGCUCUGGAUAUUUUUGCUUAUGCUCUGGCCUUUUUUAAGGAGCAGGCUCUUAAGGUAUGUUUUAGUUCCAUUAUCAUCUAG